AUUUUAUAAGCGAACAACGAACUAUGUUACAGUGCAGUGCAUAUUAUGGAUAGAUGUGAAAGUGCUCAAAGUGAACUUUCUAAUUUAAGUUUAAGCUAUUGAAAUGUGGUCCUUGGUGUACACUUGGUGGUAUACAUGAGUAUAAGCGAUAAGGUAAUGCAAGGAGAGCUACAGAAAGUGUUGCUAGUUGCGACGCUAGCACUCGGGUCUGUGGUGGGCGAGAGCGUGUGCAGGCACCGGCACACCUGGUGGGACCGGCAGCGGCAGGCCUGCGUGCCCUGCACGCCCUGCGACCGCGCCAGGAACCUCGUCAUCCGCUACCCCUGCGAGGUGUACCGUGACACCGUCUGCCAGACUUUACACAUUAUAGACAAUGAUACCCAGGACAGUGAAAGUGAUUAUGAAUAUUAUGAUUCGGACGUGGAAGUGAGUGACAGUGAGACGUGGGACCUGCAGACGUCGACGUUGGCUCUGGCCGUGAGCGGGUGUGUCGUGUUCUUUGUGGUGGUGCUGUCGUUGUGGCUGUAUCAUGCGAAACAGAUGAGGAUCAUCAAACGAGCACUUGAGUCAGAUAUGCAGGAGUUUUCCGCGAAGCUGAGGCUAAUGGAGGCAGGGGACGCGGCGGUGGAACCAGUCGCGCCCACGGACCACCACAUCUACUGCAACAUUCACGUUGGGAAGGACGCUCUACUUGGUCGGACGUCGACAAAAAAAAGCAACGUGUAUACUCAAGAGAAGCACUAGCGGCUAGCGUAGAUGCCACCGACAGAUAAGAUAAUGUACAAUUUGUACAACAAUAAAGUCACUUUCAUGCAACACGGAACCUCGCACACCAAUUAGAGGA